CAAAUGUGAGAUUAUUGGUUCUCCGCACAAUCCAAAGGUUUGUAUAUGAUUCAAAUGGUUGUUCUAGCAAUCAGAAAAGAUUUCUACUUAUCACCAUUUUCUGAAAUUCAGUAGAGAGAAAAAGAAGACAAGAAAGAAAGGGAAGGGAGUGUGUACCGUGUAGGUGAAGGCUGUUAAAUACCAGCUAACCUAGUACAAACCUUUUAGUUCGCCGACACUGUCCUCUUCUAACCUCUAACCUCUUUCCUCUGCCGUCCCUUCUUCCUUUUUUCCUUUCCCCCUUCAUUGAUCAUCAUUCAUCAUCGUCAUCAUAAUCCUGACCUCUCCAAGCUUUGCCUCCUAUAAUUACCUUGCUCUUGUCUUCUCUCUCUUUCUGUGCAUUCCUGUACUUUGAAAAGCCAGCCUUCCCCAUUCUCUGUUGAAACUCUGAACUCCCCUGUACUUUCCUGCCACACAACUGAAACCUUCCUUCCCGUGUUCUCUCCCUUGAACCCACCAACAAAACCAGCCCAAUGGUGCAAUCAAGGAAGUUCAGAGGCGUCAGGCAGCGUCAUUGGGGCUCUUGGGUCUCAGAAAUUCGACACCCUUUACUGAAAAGGAGGAUCUGGCUGGGAACAUUCGAGACGGCGGAGGAAGCUGCGAGAGCAUACGACCAAGCCGCAAUCCUGAUGAGCGGGCGCAACGCCAAGACCAAUUUCCCCGUUCCUCAGUCCACCGCCUCCGGCGAAACCAAAUCCUCGUCCUCCUCCUCAUCUUCAUCAUCCCCAUCAGCCCCGCCGCCGCCGAUCAAAAAUGGGCUGUCGGAAAUUCUCCACGCUAAGCUCCGUAAGUGCAGCAAGACUCCCUCGCCGUCGAUGACAUGCCUCAGGCUCGACACCGAGAGUUCCCACAUUGGGGUCUGGCAGAAACGCGCGGGGCAGCGGUCCGAUUCCAAUUGGGUCAUGACCGUCCAGCUAGGCAACCGAUCGUCGAAUUCGAACAAUACCCAGCUGGAAAAAGAAGCUACUGACAAUCCAAUCGGUACCGACAAUUCGGAAAAGGCGGCGGCAGAGCCGGUGCCGGAAAUCAGGAAGGAAAUUGAAGAAGAAGAGAGAAUGGCGCUGCAGAUGAUCGAGGAGCUGCUGAAUCGGAACUGCCCGAGUCCGAGUCUAAGUCCGAAUCCGAGUAAUGAGUUCGGAAUCGACGGACUGGCGGCGGCGGAAGCAGGGGAAGAGGAGAGUGGCAGUGGAGAGCUGAGUGAGCUGCUUCAGGGGAGCUUUUUCAUAUGAGACAAAAAAACUGAAAACAGGGUGGGUGUCUUUAUCAUGGGAUAUCUGCUGUGUUUUUCUUUAUUUUAUUUUAUUUUAUUUUGUCAAUUAAUUAUAUUAUUAUAUGAUAUUUAUAUUUGUAUAGGGAUUGGAAAUUUGCAUGUGAAUUUCCUUUCAUAUGUUUUUUUUCCUUUUAUGCCUAGGAUAUUAAUAUUAUAGGGAAAUAUAUAGUACCCAAGAAGGGGAAAUAAAUUUUAAUGGAAUUUUUAUACAGAAGAUAUAUAUUAUUAAUGGAAUAUUUAU